GCAUAUGACUGUUCCAUGGGGAGAAAGAGGAGAGGUGAGGAGCAGAUUCUGGGUGUUCCGGUCAACAAAAGAAAAUCGCUGUUAAUGAAGCCCCGUCACUACAGCCCCAACAUGGACUGCAAAGAAGAGAAUGAGGACAGGACUGAGGCUGAGGAGGGCAGUUGCCUGUUGCAAACAGAUGAUCACUCCAUUGCAGAGGAAUUCAUGAUAAAACCUGUGGAUGACACUCUUUAUUCAGCUGCACAAGAAAACUUCAAUAGAAAGGAAGAUAGAUAUGCUAGCUAUCAAGAGCUCAUGGUCAAAUCUUUAAUGCCCUUGGGAAAAUUUGAAAAUGAAGCAUCUGUGCAGACCAUGAAUGAAAACUUAAAUGACAGUGGCGUCCAGUCUUUAAAAACAGAGAGUGACGAGGUAGACAAUUGCUUUCUGUUUCAUUCUGAUGAUAGGAAAGACAGAGCCAAGGACCCCCAGCUCCGGUACUGCUCCUCCGAUGACGGGGAAAGUAACUCAGAAAGUGCAGAGAUGGGUUGGGAGAGCAGCUCCAAUUUCUCAGAAGAAACCAAACCACGCAGAGGCCCCAAGUAUAUUUUAGUGGAUGAUAAAAAAGACCCAUUAGAAGUUUCAGAAAUAAAAACAGAAGGUGAAAAAUGUAUCCCUUGUGAAAACAUGUGUGACCGUGAAGCGGAAAGGAAGGACCCUCAGAAGGCUCACGCGGAGCCCCUGGAGUGCCCAGCCCAGCCUCCCUUCCCCGAGCGCAAGGAAGAUGAUCAAGAGUGCCUGUCCAUGGUGACCCAGGAGUCUGGGGAACUGGAGAAAGCCAAGGGCAACUUAAGUUUGCCGGAGCAGGCAAUAGCACUGCAGGAGGAGCCAGGCCGCGCCUGCCAUGGCACCUACAAAGACCUGGACCGGUUUCUCCUGGAGCACUUGGCCAGGGAAAGGAGGCAAGCCAAAGUUACUGACCUGGGUGGAAGACAAAUCUUUAACAGCAAACACUUGCCAAGGCCUGACAAGAGGGAGACGAAGUGCCCCAUCCCGGGGUGCGACGGCACGGGGCACGUGACUGGGCUCUACCCGCACCACCGCAGCCUCUCGGGCUGCCCCCACAAAGUGCGGGUACCCCUGGAGAUCCUUGCCAUGCAUGAAAAUGUGCUCAAGUGUCCCACCCCAGGCUGCACAGGACGAGGCCACGUGAACAGCAACCGUAACACCCACCGAAGUCUUUCUGGUUGUCCAAUUGCUGCAGCUGAAAAAUUGACAAUGUCCCAGGAUAAAAAUCAGCUUGAUUCUCUCAAAAGCGGGCAGUGUCCUGACCAGGUUCACAGGGCAAGCUUAGUGAAGCAAAUUGAAUUCAAUUUCCGAUCACAAGCCAUAAUCUCUCCCAGAGCCACUGUGUCAAAAGAACAAGAGAAGUUUGGAAGAGUACCGUUUGAUUAUGCCAGUUUUGAUGCCCAGGUUUUUGGCAAGCGCCCCCUCCUACAAACAGGGCAAGGACAAAAAACACCACCAUUUUCUGAAUCAAAGCAUUUUUCAAACCCACUGAUAUUUCCAAGCCGAUUGCCUAGUGCAGGCGCCCACACACAGAGCCCUUGCCGUGCCAGCUCUUACAGCUACGGUCAGUGUAGUGAAGACACCCACAUAGCAGCAGCUGCUGCCAUCCUGAACCUUUCCACCCGCUGCAGGGAAGCUGCCGAGAUCCUCUCCAACAAACCGCAGUGUCUGUCUGCCAAGGGAGCCGAGAUAGAAGUGGAUGAAAAUGGCACAUUGGAUUUAAGCAUGAAAAAAAAUCGAAUCCUGGACAAGGCUACACCUCUAACUUCCUCUAAUAAUUCCAUUGUGACUUCUUCCUCUUCCCCAUUCAAAGCAAGCAGCCUUUUGGUCAAUGCAGCCUUCUAUCAGGCUCUCUGUGACCAAGAGGGCUGGGAUACUCCUAUCAACUAUAGCAAAGCCCAUGGAAAGACAGAGGAGAAAGAGAAAGACCCAGUGAGCUCUCCAGAAAAUUUAGAGGAAAAAAAGUUUACUGGAGAGGGCUCCAUACCAAGUCCUAAAGCCAAACUCCAUGCAAGAGAUCUCAAAAAAGAACUAAUCAGCUGCCCGACCCCAGGAUGCGAUGGAAGUGGCCACGUAACAGGAAACUAUGCAUCUCACCGCAGUGUUUCUGGAUGUCCUUUAGCAGAUAAGACUCUUAAGUCCCUCAUGGCUGCUAACUCUCAGGAGCUGAAGUGUCCAACCCCAGGCUGCGAUGGGUCAGGCCAUGUGACUGGAAACUACGCUUCCCACAGAAGCUUGUCUGGCUGCCCUCGUGCCAGGAAAGGUGGUGUCAAGAUGACCCCUACCAAGGAUGAAAAAGAAGACCCUGAACUUAAGUGUCCUGUGAUAGGCUGCGACGGCCAAGGUCACAUCUCAGGUAAAUACACCUCCCACCGCACGGCUUCCAGCUGUCCCCUGGCUGCCAAGAGACAGAAGGAGACUCUUCUCAACAGGGCUUCCCUCUCCUGGAAACUCAACAAACAAGAACUGCCUCAUUGCCCCCUGCCUGGCUGUAAUGGGCUGGGCCACAUCAAUAAUGUUUUUGUCACCCACCGAAGCUUAUCUGGAUGCCCUCUAAAUGCACAAGCCAUCAAAAAGGGCAGAGUCUCUGAAGAACUCAUGACCAUCAAGCUCAAAGCAACUGGAGGUAUAGAGAGUGAUGAAGAAAUUAGGCAUCUGGAUGAAGAAAUAAAGGAGCUGAAUGAAUCCAACCUUAAAAUUGAAGCAGAUAUGAUGAAACUGCAGACCCAGAUCACUUCUAUGGAGAGCAACUUAAAGACCAUAGAGGAGGAGAACAAACUUAUCGAACAGAAUAAUGAGAGCUUAUUGAAGGAGCUGGCCGGGCUGAGCCAAGCCCUCAUUUCUAGUCUUGCUGACAUCCAGCUCCCACAGAUGGGGCCUAUCAGUGAGCAGAAUUUCGAAGCAUAUGUAAAUACACUUACAGAUAUGUACAGCAAUCUGGAACGGGACUAUUCCCCAGAAUGCAAAGCCCUGCUGGAAAGUAUCAAACAGGCAGUUAAGGGCAUCCACGUGUAG